UCGCUUAGGUUAGAAACCACUGGUGUAUUUGCUUUCUGAUUUUUCUCCUGAAUGGAUUCCUUUUUAUUGGAUUCCAGAACAGAAUUUUGAUUCGUAGGUAAAACGGUACUGGGUACAAUCGAUUGCGAGGAAUGAGUUGUACAAAAUUCUUUAUGACGUUUCCAGUCCCGCCUUUGGUGUUCCUUAGUGCAAUAGAAGGCGGCCUUGCACCGCGAACACUUCAAUAGCUUGUCAGUCCUGUUACAAACUACGCAGAUCACCGUUGCACCUAUUCGAACAUCACCGCCGAGUGUCUGCGCACGACUGAUUGUCGGACCGGACAUGUUUCGCCGUUUAUUUCGCGGCCACGAAUGCCGACGACAUUUCUCCAACCAGGCAAGUCACACACGCACUUGAUCUGCGUACAACACUAUGUACCGCGCUAUCGAGAAACCGCACUGCCUUGCUUAUACGUGCGAACCAUGGUUUACAUAUGUACUAUAUAUACAUACAUUAUCGAAUCUGCAAAACACCUAUUGGAGCAGCGAUGAUCAAAACUUUGAUCUUCAAUAUCCAUUACUGCCUACUACGAUUGCACGUAGCAUCAUCUGUUAGCAUCAUCUGUUAACCCUUCCAAGACGACUAGUACACAAAUGUAUACAGGUCUAUUCUUCUACACUAAUCAUUAAAAUUUGGUACACGCUCGAACCAUGUCCAAAUACUGUUGGUACUCAUAUUACCUUCUUCCCAUUCCUCCGUUAAAUGGUAUAACAAGUUUUCAUAAACUCCUUCUACUUGAUAAAAUAAUAUAAAAGGUUUCUGAAGCUUUUCAUAAGUGCAGCCUUGAAAAGGUUAGUUUCGAAUAGUACUUUGUCAAGAUUUUUGAAAACCUAUUUGAAAAUUAGCUAUGCAUUUACAACUUAACAUUGUUAUUCUGUUAUUUAGAGCAGCAUCAGCAACAUUCUCUAUAUGUUCAAUGAAGCUCGCAAAAGUAGUGUAUGUAUUUCUUAGACCAUAUAUAUGUACAUACAACUACUAAACAUGGCAUACAAAUAUGUAAUGCGUAUAGUGUAUGCAGUAGAAAAGCCAAGAGUUCAGUGAAGCAGAGGUACCUGUUCACUGUAACGUCACGCGGAGUAAAAAGAUGAUCAUUCAAAAUGGUUGACAUGACAUCAAACCAAUCAGGCUUGAUUAUAUCUAUUAUAAAUCAACAUGUUGGGUGAACGUAAUUUUGAACAUUUUUGAAAAUAAUGGUACCUGCGCGUUAUUUCAAAAGUUGCAAAGAGAAUCAAAAUAGUGGUGGGAACAUAUCCAUGCAUAUUUCAUAUUUAAUUGAUUAAAUUUGUUGUCUGAAAAUUGAACACUUUUAUAUAUUCAUUAAUGUCAAACAUUAAAAUUGUUCAACAUGCCUGGAACAUCGGUGUGUUACUCUUUCGAAAUUGCAGAUAUUACAUUACGUAGAUGAUUCCAUCUUUGCUUCAGGCAAACUAUCUGAAGUCACAGUAUCUAUAGGUAUAGGUAUACAAUAAUUCAGAUUGAUUCAGGUUUUGUACGAUUUUUCUAUCUUCUUUGGCUUUUGCAAGCAUCCUUACCAUUUUACUGCGCAUCUAAUCCAUAGUGAAUCUUGUCUUAGCAUUGAAUCAUUAGCCAAUCAGAGCAAAGCAAUUUCUACUCCUAUUCUCGCUAACAGAUCGCGCUGCAGGGAGAGUCUUGCAGAAACUUAGGUACAUGUUACUAUUAUUUACGGAAUACAGUUUAUACACGCAUGCGCAAUAAAAAUACUAAUUUGAAUAUUAUCUCUGUAAGUAUGGCAGUAUGAUGGAUGGCAAUGACUCUGGUAAAUUGUGGUAAAUUACAUUGUGGUUGCGUUAAUAAUUUUAUUUUGAAAACCAAAUGUAGUAUUUUGUAUCCCGUGUAUACACUAUAAAGCAAUUUAUAUAAAUGAAUAAAGCUGUGUAUGUACAUUUCAUUACAUAUGUAUUAUCUUUUCCCCAUGAAAUACUAUUUGUUUCUAUGGUUACGAAAUGUAGGUUUUAUCAAAACAUUGUGCGCUAAAUAUAUAGUAGAAUAGUCGAAUAAAUAGUAUAUAUGUAAUUCAGUGGAGGAAUGUGCAGUUAGUAACACAUUCUAAAUAAACCGGUAGUUUAAAAAAUAUGAGUACUUUCAUAGAGAAUGUGCAGAUAAAAGAUGGAGAAUAUACAAAAACAAUUUAUACCAUGAUAAAAGAACAGAAGUAUACAGAAACAAUAAAAGUCUUAAUUACACUUCUCGAUUCUUAUAACNAGUCUAGGCCUUGCCUAUCACUGCUUGCAUAUUGCUACUUCUACACACAAGAUUUUAUAGCUUCUGCACAGUGUUAUGAAAAAUUAGUUCAAUUAUGCCCAGACGAAAAUAUAUACAAAUUAUAUCAUGCUCAGUCUUUGCAUCAAGCUUGUAUGUAUCAAGAGUCUUGGGCAAUAUGUUCUAAUAUUAUAAAUCACAGUAAUUUAGAGACUAAAGUAAAGAAGUUGCAAGCAGCAAUAAAAUAUGGACAGGAAGAUAUGGUUGUUGCAAAAAGCCUUGUUGAUCAAUGUCCAGUGGAUGAUGUUGAUACAGAAAUUAAUUUAGGCUGUCUUUUAUAUAAGGAAGAGCAAUAUGAGCAAGCUUUAAAGAAAUUUGUAAAUGCGUUACAAAUUGCAGGUUUUAAACCCCAUUUGUCUUACAACGUAGCACUCUGUUAUUUUAAAUUAAAAGAAUUUGCUGCAUCGUUAAAAUAUAUUGCUGAUAUUAUUGAGCAAGGGAUACGAGAACAUCCAGAAUUAGGAGUAGGAAUGACCACAGAUGGUAUAGAAGUCCGUAGUGUUGGAAAUACCUUAACAUUACAUGAAACAGCUUUAACAGAAGCGUUCAACUUAAAAGCUGCAAUAGAAUAUCAAUUGCAGAAUUAUGAAGCAGCAAAAGAAGCACUAACAGAUAUGCCCCCAAGAUCUGAAGAAGAACUUGAUGCUGUUACAUUGCACAAUCAAGCUUUGAUAAAUAUGGACACAAAGCCAAGUGAAGGAUUUGAGAAACUUCAAUUUUUAUUACAACAAAAUCCAUUUCCACCUGAAACGUUUGCUAAUUUAUUACUACUGUAUUGCAAAUAUCAAUAUUACGAUUUAGCAGCUGAUGUUUUAGCCGAAAAUGUACACCUGACUUUUAAGUAUCUGACAUCAUAUUUAUACGAUUUUUUGGAUGCUUUAAUUACGCAACAAACUUCACCAGAAGAAGCGUAUCGCAAAUUCGAUGAUCUUGGAAAUAAGCACAUGGAGAUUUUAAGUAAAGCAACCAAGCGGGUUCAAGAAGCCAGACUUAAUCAUGAUGAUAAUGCUGUUAAAAAAGCUGUAACUGAUUACGAAGAAGCUUUGGAGCGAUAUGUACCUGUUUUAAUGGCUCAAGCCAAAAUUUAUUGGGAACUUGGGAAUUAUACACAAGUUGAAAAAACAUUUCGAAAAAGUGUCGAAUUUUGCAAUGAACAUGAUAUAUGGAAAUUAAAUGUAGCACACACAUUAUUUAUGCAAAAGAACAAAUUUAAAGAAGCAGCAGUAUUUUAUGAACCCAUCGUAAAAAAGAAAUAUGAUAAUAUUUUAGAUGUAAGCGCUAUAGUACUCGCUAAUUUAUGUGUAAGUUACAUUAUGACAUCUGAAAAUACAGAAGCUGAAGGCCUAAUGAAAAAGAUAGAAAAAGAAGAACAAGCAAUUUCGAAGGAAGACCAAGAUAAAAAAUUAUUUCAUUUGUGUAUUGUGAAUUUGGUAAUAGGGACACUGUACUGUUCUAAAGGAAAUUAUGACUUCGGUAUAUCUAGAGUGAUGAAAAGCUUAGAACCAUACAACAAAAGAUUAGGAACCGAUACUUGGUUCUACGCGAAAAGAUGUUUUCUUUCGCUUUUGGAACAAUUGGCUAAACAAUUGGUAGUUUUGAAGGACACAACACUUCAAGAGUGUAUACAAUUCUUGGAGCAUUGCGAAGUUUAUGGGAGGGACAUAAUGACAGUGGUAGAACAACCUUUCGAUAUGCGAGAUAUGCUUUCUAUGGAACCACAAGGGAAACAAACAGUUGUAUACGAAGCGCGAUAUUUAAAAGCACUGUUUUUAAGAUUUCAAAUGUCCUAAAUUAUUUUCAUUUUUCAAUCUUGUUAUGAAAUGUUAGAAAUAAAUCACAAUUAAAAAUACUGGGUUAAAAUAGGCCAAUGAA